CCUCACCAACUUCAAUACCAUUUGAUUUUGUCAAAGAAAAUGAGCACAACAAAUAACACAUUCUCCUUUGUCUUGCUUAUUAUUUUCUUGCUACUCACUACUAGUGAGGCCCUUAGGCCUUAUCAAUUUAGCCACCAUGGGACAGGUGCUUACAAGGUUGAGGAAAGCAAGAUGCAGCAAAAGAGUGAAAGAGGAAUGGAGUUGGAGGUAUAUCUAACGGGUUCGAGUCUUCCAGAUUGUUCACAUGCAUGUGGGCCAUGCACCCCUUGCCACAGGGUCAUCGUUAGCUUCACUAAAUGCUCGGUUGAGUCAUGUCCCGUUAUCUACCGCUGCAUGUGCAAAGGAAAAUAUUACCACGUCCCCUCCAAUUAAUUCAUUACAACACUUUUUCUUCCCUUUAAUUAAUUGUUUCUUGGAGGAAUUAAUCUUUGAUUAAUUUUAGUAGUAUUACUUUUCUUUGUUCAAGUGUGUUCGAGUCUUAACCAUGCAAAAAGUUGCAAUUGUCACAAAGUGUGAGUUGUAAAUACCGGAGAUGAUCGAGUUUUGGUUCUUCGGAUCUUCUGGGCAGUUGGCAAGUUUGAUUCAGUGUUGGCUAUUUUCAUCUUAAUCAUAGCUCAAGCCUUCUAUUUGCUUAUUUUAUCUUGUCUCUUCAGAAAGAUCAAAGAAAAAAGUAGAGGUUCUC